CAAGUCCAAGGAUGGUUCGGAAAGAGUAUCAGCAUCUGGAGCGUGCCUGCCGGCAUGUGCUGCGGGAGAGAAUACGGUACUCGGAGCAACGGAAGAGGGACGUCAAGAGAGGUGAACGCUGAGUGACGCUUCGCCCGUGAAUUCCUUCUUCAUCCUGCUUUCAUCUCGCCCGCAGGCACUCCUCUCACUAUGGUCAUCAGCACAGCAGCCACGUCAGCAGCCACCUCUGGGGCGGGGCCAUCCACCCUCUCCGGAAGCCUCUCGCUGCCGUCCCUCACCCAUGGUCCCUACGCCAACAGCCCAUCCAAAUUCGACAGGUAAGGAGAAAGACACAGCAGUUCCUGUGUUUCCAUCCAUGCAUCAUUCGAUCCUGUCCGUAUGCCAUCUUCGGUCAGUGAGAUGACUGAGCCCCUGCAGCUCGAGCCAAGGCGGCGCUUUGAACUUACGUACAUCGCCACUCUGCAGUGCGCUGCCUCCCAUCGUGCGCGAUCAUACGCACGUCGUGUCAUCGAGGCGGAGCCAUCGCUUAAGGUCUGAGACGAAUGGAUUCAGGCCACACAUCCUCUCACGCAAGACAGUCAUCAGGCCCGUCUGUGUGUCUCGUUUGGUUCGCUGGAUAUGCAGGAGAGUGUGCGUCCGGUUGAGGAGAGGCUGCGGCAAGAAGAGGAUAUGAUGGUCGUGUACAGCGACGCACUCGAGAGGGUCGCCGACCCCCUGUACAGGCCAUUCCCGACGGAGAAGUUCGUGGCGAUCUCCCUUGGUCGGUGAGACACGGUAUCCGCUGUCAGUGUGGGUGGGGCAUCGGUGCGUUGUAUUUUAAAGGCAAAGGGCCAUUUCCUGCCACCAGUCUUCCUCCGAUGAGCAUGUCUCUGCCGGCAAUCCAAGAAGGGAGGUGAGUAAGCGAGUUUUCAUUCAUGUCUGUCUCCUUCUUACACCGAGAACGCAUAUAUGUCUACAGGAGUUCCAGCCGCUCCACUUCAUCGUCUUCGGCCUCGCGGGCAGAGGCGAGCCCACCGGCAGCCGGAGCAAAGAGGGCAUCAGUUCAAAGGCGCGUCAGCCAGGAGAGCGACCAGCAGCAGACUGUGGUCAUCCAUAAGCCUCCGCGGACUCAGACAAGGCUCAAGUGGAAUCAGUUGUUCACCUUUUACGACCAGCACAUGAGCCACGCGGUCGAUGAGGAUCUGCAGAAGGCGGCGGCGCCCUUCCACACGGACGCCAACACAGUGAUAUCGGCCGAAUUUGCGGAGCGCAGCCGACAUGUGAAAGGGCAGCGCAGGAGGGAGCCGGAAGAUGCCGAGACACCGGCGGCCUCUGACGAGGUAUCCAAUGCCAAUGCAUUCAUCGAAUGCAUCAUGCAUAGCCCAUUCGUGGUCCUGCUUCGUCUGAUACUUGCAGAGGUGUGUGGUGACGGUGCGUCCGGUGAGGCCGAAGAAGAGAAGAUUGCCGUCGCCACUGGACAUUGCCAGACACGAGCAUGAAGUCAUGAAAGCCAGACAAGCCCGGUUUCGGGAUCAGUCCAUCUUGCCUCUCGAGCGGCGGAUGGAUGGAGGCUGGCACACGCAGUCGGUCGUAGAACUGCCGAGCUACUUCCCCCCUGGCCGUGUGGUUGACGGGCGUGAUGGUCUCGACAGAGAGUGGCGGACACACUAUUUGACUGAGACAGCCAGGCUGCACGAGGACGUCCUGCACACAUCCAACCCACAGCUGUUCCAGCUGAGGGCCCAGGAGCACUUGCCUCCCAUCAACAAGACGCUUGCUGUCUCACAAUGACUACAAUCAAUGGGCGGCCUCGCUGCUUCUUGCUGUCCGUCUGAGGCUUGGCUUGCUCGCGGGUGUACAUGUAAUGUACACGUGUGCUUUUGUCUCGCUGAUCGACUUGGUGUGCUUGUUCGUGCUUGCCUGCACUGCUUGCUUCUAAGCUGUCGG